UCGCGAGAAUUGUUGGGAGUGUAGAUGUAGAUGGUUCAAUUUUUCAGUGCCCAGUUUUACGUUGACAUAGUGUAAUCUACGGAAAGUGGUCGUUUAUUUCUGAAACUUUUCUUUGUUAAAAGCGCCGUAUUCGUGUUUUCUAAUGAAUUUAGUGCAGAGGUGACGGUAUGGAGCAUAUUUUAAAGAAGCGUAAACUAAAAUUUUGUACGCGCAGGUGUUGGGUUAAGUGUUAACCCAUCGUCAGCUAACAAAACAGAAGUUUAGACGAAAUAAGUAAAAUAACAUAUUGUAAUGGUAAUUUUUACUAGCGGGAGUUAUUUGAGGAAUAAUCAUACGACAUGCAGGACGUUUGUGAUAUAGAAGGGGGCUCCAAGAGGGGGCUGUUGAUAUGCAGUUACAAUGGCAACAAAGCCUGAUCUUUCCUCAGGAGCUGGUGUUCAGAAUGUGGUAGUUUAUGUAUCAAAUGAUAAUUUUGGCCAAACUUAUGCAGUUGAACAGCAAAAUGUACCUCAGUCUGGUAAUGUGCAUUCAUCACGAUAUACCAGUGCAGGCAAUGCCGUGGCCACCAUAGAUCAUGCCAAAAGUUUUAACGAGAAGCAACAAAUCUUUACUUCAAGUGGUCAUAUAAUAAACAGUGCCCCAGGCAGUUAUAUUACAAAUGUUUUACCACAGAAUGGAAUCACUUUAAAUAAUAUCACUUAUCAGAAUGGAGGUAUUGUUAAAAACACUGAUAUACUGUCGUGUGAAAGGCAACAGGCUGGACCUGCACCCCUUCAAAAUGUUAAGCAACAUGAUUGUGAUAACCAGGAAAGAUAUUCGGAUUCGUACGUGACAAUUGUCGGUUCUGACGUGCCCACACAAAGUGUGAGAUGUGAUUCAGUGCGUUCGGAAACUGCUGAGUCUAGCUGUAGUAGUCUUAGCUCUGUGGAUGAGGGGAUGAUUGUAGUGCAAAAUCGUUCACCCAAUAUGGUUGUGUAUGACCCUAGUGUGAGUGUUCGGCCUGGUGGUGUUGUUGUUGUGGGACCUCCGCCUGUACCACAACAUGCCUCGAGUAAUACUAUGGUUGUAACGGUACCAUAUGGCUGGAAAAGACUUCUUAAUAAUGGAUCUGUGGUAUAUAUCAGUCCCAGUAAUACAGCUUUAAGUUCCUUGGAACAAGUUAAAGAGUACCUGCUUACGUCUGGUACGUGUAAGUGCGGUCUCGAGUGUCAUUUUAAGUACGAAAACGUUUUUAAUUUCGAUCCUAAGAUAAGUGGAAAGCCAUGGGUAUUGAUGCCAGAUACAAAUACGGGAGAUUUAACGAAGUUAUGCAACCACAAACGAAAAUUGAUGGCGAUGGCUUCGAUGGACUGCAAACCAAACGAUGCCGAAUCAAAAAUGAGAAAAGAUUUCACGGUGAAGCACAAAAAGCGAAAAGUUGGCGUGCCAUAUUCAGGUGGAGUACCAGUUCCAGAAAUCUACUCACAAAGAGAAAAAGUUUUGUUUAACGAACAAGGAUUCGUUAAAGAUGUCUCGCAUUCUCAGCAGGUUUGGCCUCCGAAUCCCGAAGUAUCCGGACGAUUGCAAGGUUUCGUGGACAACCAGCAUAAUCAGAUAAUCCGAUGUCAAAAUCAGUUUGGUGGCAGAAUUAUGGGAAAUACUUCGAUGGUGUUAAGCGAAAAUGCGAUGAUCGCUCCACAACCGAAUGUCUCUAAUAAUAUGCCCGGUCAGCAAAUGCAGGCCAAUCAACCAAUUCCUUAUAACAACGGACCUAAUAUGCCUUUACAUUCUCAUCAAAUUAUUGGGCCUAAUGGAGAAGUUAUUAACGUUCAACAGAUCCAGCAUGGUCCUAACGGUAUGCUUCAGCAGGGGCCGAAUCAACCGAUGCACGGGCAAAAUAUUUUACAUACAUCGCACCAGCAACAACCUCAAGGAAGGUUCUUUGUUAAUGCCCAACCGACCGAACACAGUGGACCUGGACGACCUAAUAUGCAGAUGGUGUCGUGUAAUAUCAAUCAACAAAUGAAACCUGUUGAUUUCCCUCAAAGACUAUCUCAACACCACAUAUACAACAACCCUCAAAGUCCAUAUCAAGGCGAUCCUAUUAAGUCUAGACAUUUUGGACAGGUCAUCAAUACGCCAAGACCACAGGGAUUGAAUCAAAAUCAGAUGAUUGCUAAUGCUUCUCUUCAGAUUCAGCAACAACAAAUUCAACAACAACAAAAAUUACAAUGGCAUAGUAAAAUGCAACAGAAUAUGAAUCAUCAGCAAAUGAACCAGAUGCCUCUGCCACCACAGAAUCUUCAAAACAGUCAAAAUCCUAACGUAUAUGAGAGAGUUCCGCCUUUACAUCAACAUGCUCCUAAUACCGUUUGGCACGAAGAGAUGAGAAGGAAGAAGGCGAAACUAAACAAGGGGGUUAAGAACAGGCAGUAUCAUAUGAUAGAAAACUGUCAAGUCAAUAGUAACCCAAAUCAUUGUCCCAAUAUUGACGUUAGACAAAUUCCCAGUGAUAAUAACAGACCGAUAAUAAUAAAUCAACUUCAGCAGCAUAAUCAAACUUUAUCCAGCCCGUCAUUUAUCGAAGACCCUAGUGGAUAUUUAGCCCAGCAAACAGCUUUAUUAAAUAAUACAAUAAACAGGCAAACAGGUGCCAUUAACUCAGGCUAUGUAUGCAAUAGUCCCAACACACCGGUACAAGGUGUCCAACAAAAUGUUAUUGCCAUAUCAAACUCUUUAGCAAAUGAGGUGCCUUUACCUAGUAAUAUUAAUAUGGCGGGAAUAAAGUCUCCGCAAAUGUCAAGAGGAAAUCAAAGUGUUAAUGUAACAAAACACAAACAUAGUACUACAGUUCAGCAGCAAAAUAAUCAAAUCAGUCAAGUUCAAAUACAGCAUCAGAAUAUAGCAGAUAGCAGUUUAGUCCAUGAUCAACCUACACAAUACACCCAGCCUUGCCAGGGAUGCGUAAGUGAUACCAACACAUAUAGCCAUAAUCAAAAGAGUAAAAGUCGCAGCAGGUCAGAUAGUGAACCGAGUACUCCUAAUUCUUGUACUACUUCUGAUGACCCCGUCACUUCCUCGGUUUAUUUAGAAAAACAUAGCAAUCAGUCUUCACCAGAUACACGUCCGAUACAAGGCGGCACUGUAAGUACCAGUAAUGUUUCACCAUUAGAUGGUAAUAGCUCUGAUCCACCAACUCCAAAUACACCACACAGUCAAGGUACGCCACCGUAUAGAAGUAUGGAAUUUUCUCAAAAUUCAAAUAUCAAUUUCAACGUUAGUGUACAAUCUCCUCAUGGCCCAGUCGUAGAAAUCGUAUCGCAGUCUAGAGAAAAUUAUAUACAGCAACUUCAGCAUCAGAUGGUGAAAUCCGAUCAAAACAAUCAGUACAGUAAUCCUAACUGUAGUCAACCUAAUCAAAGCAAACAUGAGCAAGGCGGGUCCAGUUAUAGUCAUUCAAAUUCUAGUGUACAGAAGAUGUCGGAAAGGUGUUAUGUAUCUAACGUUGUUACGACAAUGGCCAGUGGACGAACCAGCGGAUGUAACACUAUAACAUCCGUUCUUGCGGGUCGAACGAACACUGCAACUGUUUCAAUUAACAGCCCUUCAAACAGCUCAGGAUCUAAUACACCAACGUCUAAUCCAUCAUUUACUUUUCAGUCUCAACCUUCUAGUAUCAGCGUAUCUAAGUCUCCUUUGGAAAUGGUUCAAAGUGUUGUAAGCAGCAUUCAAGUCCCACACUCCCACCAACAAAAUGUUACAGUUUCAAUAUCACAAGCCAGUCCACAAGUUUCUCCGCAAAUUAUUAAGCAUUCGCCUACUGGAUUGCCGCCAGGACACAUUUUGGUAUCUUCUAAUGGUCAAUUAAUCAUGGCUAGUGCUGGCAAUGGUCCAUCAAAUGUUAUGGCACCGCCUCCUCCUAAAGUAGUCAAUAAUCAAAGUCCCAUGCCUCCAAUAUCAGUAUCUCCGAUGAUAACAAAUGUGACAGCUUCUGUAACUCAAGUAAUUCCUGCAGUGGCACAACAAGUAUUGGGCCAGCAAACAGUUUUAGUUAAUGCUCUUUCGACACCGUUUGUCAUUCAACCUGGCGUUACCAUGACUAUGGAUGGCAUGACUGUUGGCCAGAAUGUACAAAUACCUCAAAUUGUUACCGGAAACGUUAUACAACAACAAAUACAGCUUGAUAAUAACGAUCAUCGUAGAGCGCCAGCAUUACUGUCUCCAGAAACUAAGAAGAAAGGGAAAAAGCGAAAAAUGUCAUCUCAAACGGUUGCUGGCAUGUUACACAUCGCAGCGCAACAAAAUUCAGGCGUUGUAAUGUCGCAACAAGGAUUCCCUCAACAAAUUCAAAUGACACAUAGUCCUCAAGGUCUAACAACGACCCCUGUUAUGCAAGCUCUUACAAUAGUGCCGAACAAAACAGGAGGUCCUCCUCAAAUUGUUAUGAAUGGACAAGCUGUUGCAAACGCUAAUAUAGGUCCCCAACAAAUUAUAACAAAUUCUCAACCUACCCAGCAAAUCAAUUUAUUGCAACCUGUUAAUUUAAUCAACGGAGCAACUGGAGUAGUUCAAAAUUUCCCAGCUAUACAGCAAUUUAUUGUUCCUAAUAUUGGCAGUAGUAUGGUAAUGAACGCAGAUGGUACUGCUACGAUAUUACAAGACACGUCUAAUCUUGGCAUGCAAUUGCAAAUUCAGAAUGUAAAUGGCCAGAAUGUUUUGACACCUAUUCAGAAUAGUAGCGUGUUUAAUAGCGGCCAGAGUAUUCUUGCUGCGGGUCCAGCAGGAAUGGUCAUUAGAGCUCCUACGUCACAAGGAAAAAUCAUUCAACAACAACAUAGUCCAGGGGCACAGUUCUUAUCUCCAAAUGGUAGCCAGUUUGUAGUAAAUGGGGCUCAGUUUAGUGGUCAAUUAAGUCCUCUUGUUGCCAGCGUUAGUCCAUCUCAACAAGUUACGUUUAGCACAUCUCCACAGCAAAUAAGAUCAAAUAAUCAAAUUCAGUCUGGCCAACAGGAAUUUAUACAUAUGAAUGGACAAAUGGGACAAACUUUAAUGGUACCUUGCACACCACAGGCAACAAACAUCGCAGCUUCUUCGUCCAAUCAAAACACUACUUUCGUACAGCAAAACACAACAAUAGUUCAACAACAAACUACCAUGGUUGCAAAUAAUCAGCAGCUUCAGAAUUUUCAGCAUAACAAUUCCCAAGGACAUCAGAAUGUCGCUAGAUCGACGUCGUUGAAUAUGGAUCAUCAAAACUUUAUAAUUAGUUCAAACGAUAAGCCGUUACAAGCGGUGAUGGUGCAACAACAAAGGGCUAGUCCACAAGAUAUAAAUUAUAGACAGUCGGUAUCCACGCAAACUGCUGCAAAUCAGAACACACCAGCGGUGACGACAAAUACUUUUUGCCAAACUUCAACUCUGUGUGCCGGAAGUCCGCCCGACACGACCACGUUGAGUCCGGUGGCCUCGGGUGGCCAGAGUCCUCCAACGGCCGACACAACUACCCAUAGCGGAAGUACUGACGAUGGAUUAUCUCCAGCUCCCUCGAAUUAUUCAUCUUCUUGCAACGAUUUGAAUGUUCAAGGAUCUGGUGCGAUGGCAAUGGUACACUGCAUAUCGAGCAGCGAACCUGACCUAAUGGAAAGCAUUACGCCAAAUCCUGAGCAAGAUUGGAGAAGGGUUAGUCAGUCUAGUGGAUCAGUAAAACAUGAGUACAGCUCGCAUAAACAAGAGUACAUGGACAUGGCAAGUGGCCACGUGCAUUACAGCAAGCGACAACAAAACACAUCUCAGUAUGCCGAAUCGUCGAACGUGGUGUCUGGGAUGCAAUUUCUGGAGCAUAAGUCAAAACAAGAGGUGAUGAGUUCCAAACAUUACGAGAAAAUAGUUCAUCAAAAGAAAAGUAAUGAUAUGAUGAUUGUGUUGGAAGCACAACACGCCUCAUAUUUUGAUGAUGAUAACGAGGUGACAAACGAACCACCCUCAGAUGAGUCAGAGGUGAAGUGCAAACGCCAAUUUAUUGUUGGAGAUCUAAUCUGGGGACCUGCUAAAACUUCUUCUGCUUGGCCAGGAAAAAUUGUCGCUAUUGAACAAAAACAAAACUUGGCAACGGUACAAUGGUUUGGCCGUGAAAAAUACAUUUCCAAAGUAAAUAUUGCCUGUUUGCACACAUUGUCUGAAGGACUAGAUGCGCACCAUAGAGCAAGGAAGAAAACUAGAACAAGUCGAAAACUGAGCGCAGUUUUAGAAGAAGCAAUACAGGAAGCAAUGCUGGAAUUAGAUAAGUGCGAUGUUUCAGGAGCAGUACCUCCCAAACAGUCAAAGGAGUCUUUAUCCAAAUCCGACAAACUACUAAGUAGAUUAAGGAGUGGCCAACGAUAGAGUAACAGAAUUAUAUUUAUAUCAAAUUUAUAGUAGGACCAACAUCGAAGUAAAACAGUGUAUAACCUUAGAUAAAAUUAAUAUGAUAGAAACAACGCUUCUUACAUGUUUACGUAACAAUACAAAUAUAUUGAAAAAUAUGUAGGCUGAUAUAACGCUGGUAUUUUGAUUCCUAGGAUACAAUAUUUAAUCUUCUUAAGAUGAAAAAUUUUAAAUAUUUUUCAAAUGUCUUUUUUAAACAGUACUUUAAGACAUUAAUCAUAGCCCCUUAGCUGAAAGAAUUUGAUAAAUUAUAUCAAUUUAAGAAUAUAUAGUGUGUCCAAAAGGGUUGGCUUCAUAAGGAUCGUUAGUGAGUAUGUGAGAAAGAUAUUUUAAACACACGUGCAACAGAAAUAGUUUGGUUUUAAAAUUAUUUUUAACGAUUUUUAUGUUUAUAAUAUAGUUAAAUAUUUACAAUAGGUGCAUGAAGCUUAGAUGAAAACUCUUAUAUACUCACUAAUAACUGAAAUUUACAAACUGGGCUUUCAAAGAGUGUAUAUAAUGUCUGAUUAAAAUUUCAAUAGAUCUUAGAAUAGUAUAUAUAAUAUUAAAUAUACAGGUCGUAUAUAUUCAUAGAAUGGAUAACUAGAAAUUUUAUCAGCGUUUUUUACUGUUUUUUGCUAGUACACUUAUUAAUGACUUCACAUCAAGUUGGCCAAUCACUAUCAAUCACAUUAAAUACUUACAGGGCGUGCUAAAAAGUUCACAUUAAAUGUGAUCAAUUUUUAUUAUUAAUUUAUUGAAAAGAAGUUUAUGUGGAAUUACUUAUCACGCAAUGUCGAAGGAAGCUAGAUAAAAUCAAGAAAAUUAUCCUUUAUCCUUUUUAAAACUAAAUCUAAUAAAUAAUUUAAAAACUAUUUAUUUUAGGUAUAGGAACAUGUAUAAUCAAAAAGUACCGAAUUCAUAAACCUCUUUACUAGAGAAAUAAAAAAACUGGGUUUCUAUUCCAAAAAUAAAGGUUUAUGAUUACUUUUUAAUCACUCAAUUACAUGAUAGCUACGGUCAAUAUUAUAAGACAUUCAAACAAUUUAAUUUUCGAAAUAGAUGGCCACAUGUCUUUUCGUUAUGUCACAAUCGCUGUGGUAAUCACUAAAUUUGACGUUUAGGUUAUGCACAUUUUUUCUAACUUUUGAGCAGUUUUUUUUCGUCCAAAAAUUUUAAA